GCCUUCCAUCUCUCUCGCUCUCUCUCUCUCUCUCUCUCUCUCUCUCUCUCUGGUUGGUUAAAUCACGCGAACCACAUUAUACAAAACAUUUCGUAUAUUUUAAAGAAAGAGAGAAGACAUGCAGAGAUUCAUGGCGAGAAGGGUAUUAUUGGGAAGUAAUUAUGUGCGAUUGCAGCGUUGUUUCUCUCAGGCGGCACAGAAGGACAACUCUGUACCUGAAAGCGACGCCGUUCUUCCCAAAAUGCCUCCGUUCAAUUACUCUCCUCCGCCGUACACCGGUCCCUCCGCCGAUGAGAUUCUUGCCAAGCGAAAGGAGUUCCUCAGUCCCUCCCUCUUCCAUUUUUACACUAAACCCUUGAACGUGGUUGAUGGAAAGAUGCAGUACUUGUUCGAUGAGAACGGACGCAGGUAUCUAGACGCUUUCGGUGGGAUUGCUACGGUGUCCUGCGGCCACUGCCAUCCUGAUGUGAUCGAGUCGACAAUCAACCAAAUCAAACGGGUGCAGCACUCCACCGUCCUCUACCUCAAUAACGCCAUCGCUGAUUUUGCCCAGGCCCUCGCCUCUAAGAUGCCUGGAAAUCUCAAGGUAGUGUUCUUCACAAAUUCAGGGACGGAGGCGAAUGAGUUGGCACUGAUGAUAGCAAGAUUGUACACGGGCUGCCAUGACGUAAUCUCGCUGAGGAACGCGUACCAUGGGAACGCAGCCGCCACUAUGGGAGCCACCGCGCAGUGCAUCUGGAAAUUCAAUGUCUUACAGAGUGGAGUCCAUCAUGCUGUGAACCCAGACCCUUACAGAGGUAUAUUUGGUUCAGAUGGUGAGAAGUAUGCAAAAGAUGUUCAUGAUCUUAUACAAUUUGGGACUUCGGGCCAUGUUGCUGCGUUUAUUUCUGAAGCUAUACAGGGAGUGGGUGGAAUUGUAGAAUUGGCUCCGGGGUACUUGCCUGCUGUUUACAGCACAAUAAGGAAAGCAGGAGGUCUUUGCAUUGCGGAUGAAGUUCAAUGCGGGUUUGCACGAACGGGAAGCCAUUUCUGGGGAUUCGAGAACCAGGGUGUUAUUCCUGAUAUUGUUACCAUGGCAAAGGGCAUUGGGAAUGGUAUUCCGCUGGGUGCUGUGGUGACCACUCCAGAAAUUGCUGAAGUCUUGACUCGACGCAGCUACUUCAACACCUUUGGUGGGAAUCCUGUGUGUACCGCUGCAGGGCAUGCUGUUUUAAGAGUGAUCGAGAAUGAAAAGCUCCAAGAGAAUGCUCUUGUUGUUGGCUCGUACUUGAAGCAGAGGCUAGCUGCACUCCAAGAUAAAUACGAAAUUAUUGGGGAUGUAAGGGGAAAAGGAUGCAUGCUUGGAGUUGAACUGGUCACGGAUCGCGAACUGAAAACUCCUGCCAAGGCAGAAACUCUGCAUAUAAUGGAUCGGAUGAAAGAAAUGGGAGUACUGGUUGGAAAAGGUGGAUUUUAUGGAAACGUAUUCAGAAUCACACCUCCUCUGUGCUUUACAAAGGAAGACGCAGAUUUCUUUGCAGAUGUGAUGGAUUAUACCAUGUCGAAGAUGUGAAGCAUGUGCAUAAGAUAUGAUGAUUACACAUAAUAAUGUAAACAUGUCCUGUAUGGCUUCCCCUGUGUACCCCCCAGUGGAAUUAUAAUUUGCAUGCAGAGGGUUUCAGCAUGAAUAAGUUGCGAACUUGCAAGCGGUCUCCAAAAAAAAAAAAAAGAAAAACUAAUUUGAGUCAACAACGCGUUGGCUCUUUUGGUUUUUAUCUUUGGAUUGAAGAUGAGUCAACAACUCGUUGUCUCAAAAGUGUUGUCCAAGUCUAUAAUUUUAUUGUUAGCUUUCUUUUCCCUUUUUUGUUUUUUUUUUUUUAAAAAAAGAAAUCAAAAUUGAAACUGGUUGCAGUAAUUUAUAGUUUAAAAAUUACUAUAAAUUACUGAAGCUUCUGUUCUAUUAUAUAUGGUUUGGUUGAUAUUCCGUGCAAAUGGCCAGUAUUCUUCAGAAAUCAAAA